AAACUACGUUUUCACUCAUUGGAGCUUUGUGUUUCUAAAAAAACUCCAAAGGCAUUUAAUCAGAAGUGUUCUUGAAUUUCAAAAGUGUGUUGAGUUCAUGAGAUGAAAUUCUCUAUUGUUCGAACAUGGCGUCCAGUAGAGUAAUAAUUAUUUUAAUUGUUUUUACUUAUAUUGCAUAACCUUUAAAAUAUCAAAAUGUCCUAUAAACCAACACUCGCUCUAUGCUGUGUAGUCAUGGAUUCGAUCAUGCACUGUACUAUUGUCUGUGAAGUCGAUUAAAGGUCAUAAAAAAAGAAAACAAGAAAACAAACAGCAAAAAAAAGGUAAAAGCGACACAAAAUAUUUUGGAUUUUCUUCAUCUUGACAUCAUUUAGAGGUCGAGCUAUGCUGGGAUGCUUUCAAGCAUUUAGUUUUUUAGCGAAUCAUUUGACCGAGAAAUUAUAUAUUUUUGCUCGAAGUUUCGAAGAAUCUGCGACGAGCCCGAUAUAGACAAUGACGAUUCCUCGCUUGCAGGUUCUUGUCACUUAAAAUAACAGUCCUAAACUUUUAGCCUGUCAAUCACGAAAAUUGUCAGACGACACAAAAAUUCCAGUUUCUGUAGCAGUCUUGCUUUAUUAUUGGGUUUAGCUGACAGUGAGAAAGUAAACAAAUGCAUGAAUACACAUGCUGAGGGUCCGACGACUGUUCGGCGGUUGCUGUAGAUGCGUUGACCAUGUGAUGAGGGGUGCGUUUUUGGACUGCCUCAUCGCAUUCUACCGUCCGUCGCGACUGCUUCUUGUGUUCCUCGUGUCUGCCGUCGUGUUCUUGCUGUGUAGGCAACACUGGAAGCCGCUGCGAGACCGAACCAAGCGCGCGCAGCCUGUGACCGUACCUGAGCUAGGAUGUCUUUAUACCGUGAGCCCACCAAAACUUACAGAAGGCUGGAAGGUCUUCUCAAUCAUCGUGAAGCCAUCACCACAAGGUGCCUGCAAGUCUCGGGAAUCCCGCGGGAUUGUAGCAGGCGGGUCAACUUUUCGCGUCCAAGCAUUCGGCUCACACGAGAUGGUCACAGGUGACGUCACACACAUAGGAGACGACACUUACAACGCCACCCUGAGACUCACCUUUGAUGACAGCUACAUCGUUAUGGUGAUACUGACAUAUGUCAAUCACGAGAGCCUCGAGUUCAGGUCCCACAAGAACGCGGUGCUGCAGCAAGUACAGAACAGCCCUUUCGAGUUGCGGGUUACUAUGGGCACCCCACCCGCGGGAUACACCCGCUACUGUACCCAGGAGGAGAGCGGGACAUCCCGCGGGCGGUGGGUUGAGUGCGGGAAACUCGCAGGUAUCGAGGAGUGCGACGCGUGGGUACAAGAUCCUUUGUUCGAUUUUGAUCAAAUUCACGGGUUUCACUGGGUCCCGUACGAGUGUCAGCUGCAUCAUUACACGGAUGAGGAAAUCAAGAGGUGCUUCGCCAAGAAUGGAUGGAGCGAUAUCGCCUUUACGGGCGACUCCCACAUGCGGUAUCGCACUUAUCACUGGGUGACACGUCUCCAUGGCAACUGUGACGGCUGCAUCAAAACCCACAUCAAGAUGGUGUUCAACAAGAUCCCGAGGAUAGAGUGGAUUUUCGACGCGCGCGGGACACGCUGGCCCAUCACUUUCCCAGACAUACAGCUCCCAAACGAGGUUUACGUUCAUCCAAAAACGCGGCGGUCCAUGUUCUCAAAGGAGCUCCCUUCUUCAGUCUUCGAUGUGAAGCUUUUCAUGAUGAACUUUGGACACUGGGUUUUACGAGAAAGUACCCAGGAGAAAUUCAUGAUAAGCAAGCUAGAAGCGUACGCGGAAGCCAUCAAGAGAAUGAAUACUAGUAAAGGGCAGAGGAGGUUCUUGUGGGUCAACACGGUGAGUUUGCCGUGGCGGGACGACAAGGCUGUUGUGGAGUGGAUCGAGAACCCUUCGCCUUCCCGAGUGGCACAGUGGAACCGCCUGAGCGAUGCGGUAAUGAGGGAAAAUGGCAUACAAGUUGUGGAUGCUUUUCAGAUCAGUAACAGUCGUAUUGGGGCCACGCACGACCAAACGCACUACGCCAAGAGGUUCGCGCGGGGGGACUGUGGAGGAGUGGUGGAGAACGCGAUCAGCAAUACCAUUGCCAAUGCUCUAUGUAACUUUGACAUCUGAUGAAUCAUCGCAUUAUUGUAAAAUACCCUUGUAAAUGGAGAAAAGUGGUUAUCCAAAAGCCUAGUUGGGUAGCUUUUUCCCGGCAAUUAAAAAUGCCUCACUCAGCGCCAUUUACACGAGAUGAGACAGCCGCUCAAGGACAUCCAAAAGCCACAAGUAUUCACGGGUAAAAAAACCGCACCGUAAUUCGAGAUUACUAAACGAGGUACCAAAUAACCUCUCGGGUAAGUCCAAACCCAUCACACAAACCUCAUAUCAUUGCGAACAGAAUCCCACAAAUACCCUGGCUAGUUAAAGGCUUUUAUACCUUUUGUAUUUCCAUAUUUUGCAAAAUAAAAACACUUUGUACUUUUAAAA